UAGGUCUCCAGUUAUAUACAGACCGUGGAGCUGGGUUUAGGAUACACUGGAUACAACUCCGAACCCGGCACUUCAGUGAUUCUUUGCAUCUAGAGCUCGUGAAAUAAAUUUAUAAUUAAUUUAGUGACAUAGUUCUACAGAAUGAUGUUUGUGAUAAAUCCGCUAAGAAUUAAGAUUUGAAGAAUGGAAAACUACUCCACCUGGUAUUUAUCCCAAUAAGGAUUAGACGGAGAUGAAUACAGGAUGUCAGGCCAAAACAUCAUCUCCUUACUCCUCGUCCAGUCCGUCCUCAUUUUACACUCAUCCUUCACAGAUGGGUUGGAUACAGCGACCUGCAUAGCUCCACUGGGGAUGGAAUCAGGAGCCAUCAGUGACAGUGAUAUCUCCGCUUCUUCAUCUUUCGAGCAUGCCAGCGUAGGACCGCAUAAUGGAAGGAUUAGAGAAGUUUGAGGCGAGUAAUCAGUUUCAAUACUGAAAUAUUUUUUAUAUAUUUCUCCAUCCAUCUUAUUCCAGGACGUUCAUGUGAUCACCGGAAGUGAGACGAUGGGACGGUUUGGGAACGGGAUGGGAGCUGAGUUCUCCGAGUCCUAUAUCCUGGAAUACUGGAGGGAUAGGUUGGGGAAGUGGGUUCGCUACAGGAAUAUAGAGAACCAGGAGGUGCUGGAAGGGAAUACAAAUACCUACCUAGCGGUCAAACAAUCUAUAGAACCUGUGAUACUAGCGAGUAAGGUUCGGUUUCACCCUUACAGUCCUCAUCAGAGAACAAUCUGUAUGCGGGUAGAGAUCUACGGUUGCAGGAGUGAUGUUGGAUUACUGAGCUACAGUAUGCCCCAGGGGGAUAAACGUGGACCUACUUAUGAGUUCUAUGAUUGGAACUAUGAUGGAGAAUGGCGAGGGAACUAUCUGGAGAACGGAUUGGGAUCUCUCACGGACGGAAAUCUAGGACCAGAUGACUACAAGCUCAGCUACUACGCCAAAAACCGUGGAUGGGUUGGUUGGAAGAGCGAUAAAAGAGAGUUUGUCGAGAUCGUCUUCGAGUUUGAAGAAAUCCGCGAGUUUCACGGUGUCCAGCUGUACUCUAACAAUCAGUUCUCCAGGGAGAUCGCCAUCUUUAAAGAAAUGAAAGCCUUCUUUUCCAUCAGCGGGAAAAUCUAUGGGAAGGAGCCUGUGUCCCAUACACCGCUGAGCGACGAAAUAUUUGAGGAGCCAAGAAACGUCUCCAUUAAACUGCACCGUAGGGUGGGACGGUUUGUGAAAAUGCAACUUUUCUUCGCGUCAAAAUGGAUUCUUAUCUCCGAAGUAACCUUUGAUGGUUCAGCAGCUCGAGGAAACUAUACUGAAGAGGCUAGUGAGGGAGAUAUUCAACAUGUUCAACAGGAUCAACAGGACGAUAAACUAAGUUCUUCAGUCCCUGAUACAGUGAUCAACACAACCCCUGGUAAAGAAAGUGAACUAUCACUUAUGCCAAUCAUUGUUGGGGCGCUCACGACCGUGAUCGUUCUCCUUGCAGCGAUCAUUUUCUUUAUUGUGAGCAGAUCUAGAUCUCGUAAACAAUGGACUAAUAAACCAUCAGUUGAGUGUUCUAUGCCCAGUGAAAAGGUUGCGUUAAAUCCUACGGAGCCCCUUCAUUACUCGUACUUUGCCGAGGGCGCUAUAUCGGAGAGCGGAUCUAACUCCGGUAGCAGGAGCGGAGGAUCUAGAAAGGUUCCGAUAUUUGAUGAUAAUUACAAUAAUCCCCACCCUGGAUACGGUUCCCCCAGAUCACCUAGAUCAGGUUUCAGUCGGCAGGGGAGCUGUGGAGCUAGUCCUGGACCCAGACGGAUAACUCCGCUCUCAACCCCCCGUAUGAGUACCCCCCGGCACACUGGAACUCCCUUGAGACGGAUAAUCAGCAAUCCUCUCUCCGAGAUGCCCCUGUAUAUGGAACCAUAUCACGUGAUGCGAUACAGUCCGUAUGUUAGAUGUGGACCUGGAGAUUUUGCAAUAUCAAAAGAAACCGCGAUUCUUUCAGAUACAUCAUGUGGAGAAUAUGCAGUUCCAGUACCUACCCGUAGUCCAAACUCUGCUAGCAGUCGGGUUUCUCAAUCCUCGCAUAAUGUCUCCGGGUCUCAAACUUCCUUAGAUCAGAACUCAGAUUACGUCUUUCUCCAGAAUGAAGAAUUAAAACAAUCGGAUUCUCUACGAUUGAUGAGGAUGAGAGUAGAGAACCUGAUCCUGUACCAGGUUGAUCCAGACAGUAUUUUUCUCAAGGAGCUCAUCUCCGACGGAACCUUCGGGACGGUUCACACCGGAGAAAUCCGGAUUCCCAGCUACGGACAGCUGAGCCCGCUGUCCACAAGGAUGGUUGCUGUUAAGUACAUGAACCGGGACUCAGGGGACCAGGAAAAGAAGGAGUUUAUGCGCGAGGUUCGGCUCCUGGCAGGGUUAGAGGAUGAGAACAUAUCCCGUGUUCUCGGGGUCUGUGAAACACGUACUCCAUACUUUGUGGUUAUGGAGUAUCUGGAGCACGGUGAUCUAACCAAGUUUCUCCGAUCCCACCUCCCAGAGACAACCCCGUUCCUCCCUCCUGGAACCCGAACACUGAGUUUCCCCACUCUCAUCUAUAUGGCCACACAGAUCGCUUCCGGCAUGAAAUAUUUGGAGAGUUUGAACUUUGUACACAGGGAUUUAGCCACCAGAAACUGUCUGGUUGGGAAAGCCUAUCAUAUCAAGAUAUGUGAUUUCGGCAGCGAUACUCCGGAGUACCGGAGAGACUACACGGAGCUAGAGGACGGUCUUCUCGUCCCACUCCGUUGGAUGGCCUGGGAGUCAGUCUUAGAGAAACGCUUCACUACUAAAUCUGACGUCUGGUCCUUUGGAGUCUGCAUGUGGGAGAUACUAAACUACUCUGGUAUCCGUCCCUACCAUGAUCUCACUGACUCACAGAUCAUCAGCAAACUCCAGAGCAAGAGUUGUCCUACUCUACCCCAACCCCAACCCUGCUCCAGGGAUCUAUAUGAGCUGAUGGAGGAGUGUUGGAACCUGGAGGAGACUCUUCGUCCCUCCUUUAGAGAAAUCCAUCUUUUCCUGCAGAGGAAGAACCUGGGAUACUCGCCUGUCUAAACUCAUCUUCUGAUAAAAGGAUUAUAUUUUGUAAAUCCUGGUUCCCCAAUUCUUAUAUUAGUCUGAUCUCAGCUCAAGGGGAAACCGGAGCAGAAUUUGGUUCAGCAGACCGGAGCCCGGCUUAGUAAAUACAAAAGGUUGGAGCAGAGUUCGGUUUUUAAAACCAGAGUAAAUUUCGGGUCAAAUUAUUUGAAUAUGGACCAGGGAAAGGGUUGGUUCAGAUACCCGGAGAAGGGUUCGGUUAAGGGUACCGGAGAAGGGUUCGGUUGAAGAAACCGGAGAAGAUAUGUGUUCAGAAGACCGGAGAAAAGUCCCCGGGAUAUUUGAGAAAAGUAAACAAAUAUCCAAACCUAGAAGAAAGAAACUUUUUCAUUAAGCAAGAAACUGUUUAGAACUUUAACAUAUCAUUGCUUGAAGCAAUCCUAUAUAAGCUGGUGAUGAACCCUAGAUAAAGAGUUGUUGAUAUAACACUUGCAUAAUGUGAUUUAUAAUUAGUUGAUUGUUUAUGCAAUAAUUUAAAUGCUUGGCUGAUAAAUCCGAUUGUACAUUAUGAUCAAAAUUUCAACCUUCAAUGUCUCUUCAAUGUAAACUUUUUAAAAUUUAAUUAUUAGUAGAGUUUGAAAAAGUAGAUUUAUAAGAAUAAACCACAGAGGGGGGAAAAUUUGUUAACCCCUCAUUGAAACCAUGCAUAUCAGUAAUAAGUAUCCAAACAUUUAUAAAAUGCUAAACUAACAAAUAAUAGUUUAAUAAAUUGACUGCAGGCGCAAGUUUUAUGCGAACCUCCAGUUUUUAGAUUGGGUGGUCCGACUCACACAGGUACCCUUUAAACCUUUGUCUCAUCAAGGAUGAAUGAAAUAUCAACACGUUUUGAGAUAGAAAAACGACAAUAUCUU